AUGGAGGACGCCUCGAACAGUGGCGGCGAGCCCGACCUCUAUGCCUGGGUUGUGAUGAGCCAGGAAGUGGAGGUCGAGGUCAAUUUCGUCGAGAAGCAGCUUACCGGCUUUGCUACUCUCUCUAUAGUCCCGUUAAAUGGCGACAAUCACAAAUUCGAGACAGUCCGUAUCGAUGCGCGACAGAUGGAUAUCGACACGGACAAGAUCACGGUCAACGGCAACAAGGUCAAGGCCGUCUACCACGAUCCCUACGACGAACUCGACAUUCCCGACGGCUUCAACUGGGAUGGCCAGCAGUUCCACUACCAGCAGAAGCGUAUUGGUCAAAUCCUAAACCGCACGACUCCCGAGGUGCCCGUCUCUGUUCAGAGCAAGAGCGGCCACUCGCCAUCGUACGGGUCUCUGGAGGUUUCUCUCCGUCCAGAGGAGAUCAUGGUCAAGAAGGCAGGCUUUAAGAUCCGGCUCAAGAACAACGACUUUGAGUCGAGCAAGGUUCUCCAGUACGACAUUGUUGUACCAUUCCGUUCACGACCAUUCAGGGAUGGCUUUCAGUUUGUUGGCGUGGAGGAGACCGACACCAGGUAUCCGCACUUUUACACGAGGAACUCUGAGGGCCUGGGAAUGGCCUCGUGUAUAUUUCCAUGUAUCGAUGACCCCGGCGCGCGGUCCUACUGGACCCUCAAAGUCAAGAUCCCACGCACGCUGGGGGACGCUUUGAAGCAACCGCUCCUUACCCAACGGUCGACUGCCAAGAAUGGCGCCGACGCAGAUGAGUCCAGGUUUGCCCUUACGGAGGAGGACAAGCUUCUGGACAUGACCGUCAUCGCCUCUGGCAUCCUGGUUGGCGAGCACUCGGACAAGGAUGACGACUCCAAAAAGACGAUGGAGUUUCAGAUCACGGGCAAAGAGAUGUCUGCACAACACGUCGGAUUUGCCGUGGGUCCCUUUCAGCACGUCGACUUGUGGUCCGAGUUCCGAACCGAAGCUGACGACGACAAGCUUGGAAAAUUGGCCAUCAAAGUCCACGGUUACUGCUUGCCUAGGAGAGAGGACGAGGUGCGAUUUACUUGCGAGCCUAUGAGCAUGGCUGCCGACUUUUUUGCUACAAAAUUCGGGCAGUAUCCGUUUGACAGUUACAAGAUGUGCUUCGUUGACGACAUGAUCACGGACACGAUGCCGCUAUGCUCCUUUUCUCUCUGCAGCAGCAGACUUUUAUACCCUCAAGACAUUAUCGACAAUGAAAGCGAGGUGACGAGGGAGCUGGUGCAUGCACUGGCUAGCCAGUACUUUGGCAUAAACAUAAUACCAGAUACGAUAUCCGAUCUAUGGGUCACCAUCGGUAUAUCUCACUACAUUACAGAUUUGUUCAUGCAACAGCUGUGUGGAAACAAUCAUUACAGGUUUCAGAUGAAGACCCGGGCCGACAGGUUGGUAGAAGAGGAUGUCAACAGGCUUCCUCUAGAUCAACUCGGCUACUACCUCGGUCUCGGCGAUUAUCAGUCCGAAUUUAUGGCGCUCAAGGCUCCGUUGGUCCUUUUCAUCCUCGACAAACGAAUGACAAAAAAGGCCUCACACAACGGUGUUCGAAGAGUGGUCCUGCGGCUGGUCUCUAGAAGUAACACCGAAGCUAGCGACGUACGGUUCAUAUCAUCAGAGUCGUUCAGGAAGCAAUGCGAGAAGGUGCACAAGGGGGCGCCCCUCGAACUUUUCUGGCAACAAUGGAUCCAGUCAGCCGGCUGUGCGAGAUUUGACAUGUCUCAACGGUACAACAAGAAGCAUUCCAGGGUCGACUUGACGGUCAGGCAGCCUGAGGAAAAGUCACAACUUCCCCAGUCCCCGCUCAACAAGAACAAUUUCUGGGGGGUUUUGCAAGACGGACGACACGUCCCAGCGGUGAAGAAGGAAAACGUCAGCGUCUGGUUCACGGGACCGAUCACGAUCGGUAUCCACGAGGCUAACGGCACCCCGUACGAACAUGUCGCUGAGAUCCAGAGGACAGGGCCUAGACAAUUUAAGGCGAUUGAGAUGCCCUACAAUACCAAGUACAAGCGACUAAAGCGUACUCGGAGGCAGAAGGAGAGAGCACAGGCGCUUGCACAAGCCGGCGAGGGCGGGGAGCAAGCUGAAGAGGCGGUUCUCUACUCGCUUGGUGACGUGCUGCAAAGCCCAGAGGAGGAAAAGGAAUGGGGUCUGGCGGACUGGACACCGGAACAAGUCAAGGCUAUGGAACAGGACUCGUUCGAGUGGCUCAGGAUCGACGCAGACUUUGAAUGGAUCUGCUCCAUGAAGACGAACAUGCAGCCUUGGAUGUAUGUCUCGCAGCUGCAGCAGGAUAGGGACGUGGUUGCACAACAAGAGUCGGUGCUCUGGUUGUCACAAAAGGCCGGUGGAGAGAUCCUGGCCACCGUGCUUGGGAGGACGUUGAUGGACACGCGAUACUACCAUGGCAUCCGUACCCAGGCUAUCAAAGCGCUGCAGAAGCAAGUAUGGACCAAGGAAGAGGAGAGCCUGGAUCCAGACUCUGGUAUCGUGAACAAGCUGAAGAAGACCGAUGCAGGUGGCCUGCGAAUUUUGAUGAAGGCUUUCAAGGCCUUUUUCUGUUACCCUGACUCUCAGACGCCUCGACCCAACGACUUUUCCAACAAGAUGCAGUAUGCGGUACAGAGGGCCAUCCCGGAGGCUAUUGCUCGAGUUCGAGAGAAGGGGCGUUGCCCACGCGAGGCGCAACAGUUCCUUCUCGAGCAGCUCCAAUUCAACAACAACACGGGCAACGAAUACUCUGACCACUUCUAUGUGGCAGGCCUACUAGACGCCCUCGCCACCAGUCUUAUUCCAGACAACAGCGUCGAGACGGUGACGUUGCGCAAUUCAGACGACCCAGAAGUUGCCCUGGAUGACGAGUUCCUCGAGGCUGCGCUACAGAUGAUCGAGCGUUAUCUUAGAAUGGACGAGUGGACAAACUCUUACCAGAAUAUCUGGACAGUCACAGCGCUAGGCUGCAAACAGAAACUGAUGAAGGCGGGCGUGAUCCCCAUCUCGGCCAUAGAUUUUGUGCGAUAUCUACAGGACAGCACUCUGGAUCUGAUUUCGAUCAAGGCGUUUGAGGCGCUGGUGGACCUGGGCUUCCUGUUCAAUAAGAAGAUCUUGCGGCUCCUGCUGGCAUACAUGACAACGCACUAUUCCCCCUUUAUGCGCGACCGUCUCUUCAAGGUUUUCGCAUGGGGCGUGGCCGGGCUGGCAUUUGGCGAAUAUGACGAACUGAAGUCAAAAGCCGAACAACAAGCGAAGCUCAAGGAAGACGAAGAAGCCGAGGAUGAGUUCGAAGGCGACAGCCUUAUGUUGGUUAACGCCGAUGCAAUCCUGGAGCGGAAAAAAGCCAAGGAGGCGCGUAGGACGACCGUUGGCGCUGCCGUGGCAGAGUUGAGGAAGGAGUUUGGCAAGUCAGAGCGGCAGGAUCUCAUGAUCGAGAUUUGGAGGGCCGCCACUUCGCCCAUCAUUGGGCUGAAGGAGCAGAGGAGCCUGUUGGACAUGUGCGAGACGCUUUUCGAGGCCGACUACUCGUGCAGGGUCACUGUCAGGCAUCCGACAAAAUGGCACUGUGAACGGGGCCCAACGGAGCCCAAGAAGCUGAUUAUCCACUUCAAGGCCGUUCAGCGGGAGAUUACCAAGCGGCCAGAGCCCAAGCCGGAGGAGCCGCCUGUCAAGCCAGUCGUUGUGCCGGCUGUGGUUCCAGCAGUGACACCAGCCGCCGCACCUCCUCCGCCUACUCCCACGCCCACGGUGGCAUCAUCGCACACACCAAUGGAGGGAGUGGUUGCGACACCAACUAUGCCAGCGCCACCUCAGAGACAAGGCUCCACCAAGAUCAAGUUCAACGUCAACAAAGGGGUGGACAAGUCUCGGCAGAACAGUACCACGCCGGUGCCGAAAGUAUCAACGACGCUGCCAAAAGUGUCAACCACGGUGCCAAAAGUGUCAACCACGGUACCAAAAGCGUCAACCACGGUACCAAAAGCGUCAACCACGGUACCAAAAGCGUCAACCACGGUACCAAAAGUAUCAACUACGGUACCAAAAGUAUCAACCACGGCAUCAAAAAUAUCAGCCACGGCGUCAGCCGUUGCGGAAUCACCAUCGAGUAAAGUUCUGGGUGGCUCCAUCUCUGCAUCCCCUUCCACCAUGCAACCUACAGCAACGCCUACGACUCAGCGAACGGCGCUCCCAUCAGGAACCAUCAGUGGCAAUGGCGUUUUGGCCAAGAAGCCAAGCAAACCGAUCAGCACUCCUGUCAAUGGCAGCAUCAAGAGAAAGUUGGAUGACGCCUCGGGACCGCCGUCUAAAUCGCCCCGGCCCACCAAAAUCGUAAGGGUGCGGCUGCCACAGUACAUUAACAAGUUACGGCCCGACACGCGGCAGCAGAUUCUUAGAGAGAACGCGCUCAAGGCUACAUCCAGUCGCCAACACAGCUCCGCUAGCGAUGGCUCAAUAACAGCCAAGCCGGCUAGGAAGCCGCUACCGUCGGGGUCUGCUCCCUCCUCGUCGACACCUCAGCAACAAAAGGUGCGCAAGCCACUGCCCAACAAAUCAUCGCCGGCUACUACAAGUGCCAGUGAGAAGAAGGAGGCGCCGCCGGCACUGCCACCGCUUGACCCGGUGCGCGCUGUCCAGGCCCAGGCUUCCUCGGCGGCAAGCCCGAGCCCCUCAUCUGGAACUAAGUUGAAGAUCAAGUUUAAGGUGAAGCCGACGCAGCCUCCACCCCAAUGA